AUGCCUGUCUCCUACCAAAAGAUCAACUUAUCAGAGACAAACACAUUUCAGUGCAUCCUGACCACAGACGGAGCCCGCUCGUACUCCCUGCACCGCUACCGUGACAUGAACUGGGGCCCAGGGCAGAGAGUUUACCACAACGCUCUGAUAGGCUACACCAAUGGCAUCAAUAGCUUUGUUAAUGAGGUCCCCACACCGCACGACAACCUGUUUGGCCCACGUGGGCGUUACCGGCCACAGACCACUAUAGGUAAUACAGGCGAGCUGGGGCUGCUGGUGUAUGACCUGACCGGAGCCACGGUGGCCAGCUCUAACUCUCAGAGACAGUGCCAGUCGUGGGCCCUGAAAGAGCCCGACCCCAGCGAGUGGGCACUGGGCCUGGCACCAUGCCAGUGCACCCGUGGCCAGGCCCUGGAAGACCCUGGUUUCGGCCCCGAGACCCUGCCGGUGGAGAGCACCGCACGUGUGAAGGAGCUGAGGGACCUCCGCUGGGGUGGAGGCGCAGGGCAAGUCUUUCAGUCUAUCCUGUUCAACAAGCAAAGGGCAGGGAAACGAUGCGUGUACCACCCACAGGGCCCCCUGCUGGCCGGAUACAGCGAACGCUACUUCUCCGACGACAAGAUGCAAGAUCACAUUGAUAAGGAUCUCAUGCCCUUCCAAUGGUGCUGUAUACAGUCCCCCCUCUGCCAUCUCUACCUGGCUAAGAGGCCCCUGGAUCGAUGUCAGGGAUACGGCUGGGGCAACCCAGACCCCAGCAUACCGGGGAACAGGGGAGCACCUGGCCUCGGACUGGCGUACGGAAGCCUCCAUUUUAUUACGUUGGAUGGCCGUAACUACACCUUCAAGGCCGUGGGAGUGUUUGUAAUUGUGCGCCUGUCCUCCAGUGCGGGCUCCAAUGUCUUCACCCUGCAGGGGGAGACUACAGCGCUGGUGACCAACAACCAAACCAGACGAGUUCCUGCACUGGUGCGCCUCGCCGCGCACCACCAGGCCUUCGGCAAGGUAGAAUGGCAACGUUCUUUCACUGACGAGAGCCUUACCAUGCUAAUCAAUGAUGUGGCAAUAUCUGUCUCAGCGAAUGCAGUAUAUCCCGUCCAGCAAGGCUUUGCAGUGCGCUGCCCCUCCGUGCAGCGCUGCACUGCGGUUUACGACGGCGGUCUGAGCGUGGACGUGUGGAGGGGGGACGCGGGGCGGCUGAGCGCUCUGGUCGUGGUGCCUCAGGUCUUCUACAACCGCACCGUAGGUUUGCUGGGCCUCUGGAGCUCCAACGCUAGCGACGACUUCCUCCUCUCCAACGGGCUCCCGCUGUCUUCCCCCGGCAACAUCCUUCCCUCUGAGGACAAGGUGCUGCUCUUCGGACAGUCAUGGGCCGUUCCCGUUCCGGAGAACCUCCUGUCCCCCCCUCAUCUGCUGACGCCCUUCCAGCCCGUGAGCGCCGACGAGCUGCUGGCGCCCCUGAGCCCCACCAUGCUGGCCAGCCUUCUGCAAGCCUGUGAGGGCAGCAUGCAGUGUGCGCAGGACGCCCUGGCGUCAGACAGCUUGGGCCUGGGCCAGCAGACGCUGCAAGACCAGCAGAGGCUCCGAAACCUCGCCGUCACCUUCGGUAACAUGCCACCCAUGGUGAGUGGGCCCUUGGUGAUCCGCUGUAAGGUGAACACCACGGUCAGGGUGCAGUUUGCAGUGCAGGACGUGAACCGAGACGCUUUCACCUUUUCCCUGCUCUUCCCGCGACCACCGCAGGCGUCCAUAGGCAGUGGCGACGGGGUUCUCGUGUGGACCCCACUCAACAUCCAGCCUGUGCCACUGACCGUGCAGGUGAGCGACUACACAUCCAGCUCUUAUCUCACCCCCGUGGUGCAGAUCUGCAACUGUCUGAACGGAGGAACCUGCCAAUUCCAGAGCGUGGCUGAGAACAAACUGCAGGGCAAGUUCCAGGUUGUUGGGUGUUUGUGCACACCUGGUUUUGGCGGCAAGUACUGUGAAAGUAGAACAGAUGCGUGUAAAGGCACGCCCUGCUUCCCUCAAGUGGACUGCUUCAGCCAGAGAGAAGCAGACAGCUUCAGCUGUGGACCCUGCCCUCACCCCACUGUCUCCAUGAACAGACAGGGUUACAAGUGCUUUCAGAAUGAUUUCUGUCUCCCUCCCAUCCCCUUCCCGUGCCACCCCAUGGCGAACUGUUCCAGCACUGGCUACAACUACACGUGCGCUUGUAAGCCCGGAUUCGCCGGCGAUGGACAAAACUGCACAGAUAUAGACGAGUGUCAGGACCCUGCUACCUGCCCCAAUGCCAAGUUCGAGUGUGUGAACACGCCUGGUUCAGUACACUGCACCUGCCUCUACCAGACCAGCAUGCAGUCUGAUGGCUGUGGUGUUUCUGCAAAUCCUGCAGGUUGGAACAUUUUUAACGUAUCGAUGACCUGGAGCAACCAAGCGUCUGAAGCUCACCGACUGAAACAGCUGCAGCAGAUCCUUUCCCAGGGUUUCCAGAACAAGUUCUACAAUGCCAGCAUUACAGUGCCAGGCUCAGGGACCGGGAACAGCGAGUACAGCAUUAACGUGUCCAGUGACACGCCUCACUGGUACGUCAUGGACUACCUGAGCCGGGUGAGACGCUACUACUCCGUCUCUUCAGCCUACGUGGGAGACCUGGAUGAGUGUAGCACAAGUCAUAGCAUGUGUGCAAAACCAGCUGUGUGUUUCAACACUUACGGAGGCUACAGGUGUGUGUGUAACAGCACUGACGUCAAGGACACGCAGUCCUGCGUUUUCGACAGGGAUGGUUUCAGCAACGCUAGCGCAGUAGUCGGAAAGUCCCUGGACAAGCCAAUGAGCCUGAUCCUGGCCUUGGUCCUGGGCAUGGGCCUCCCCCUGCUGCUGCUGCUGCUGCUGGCCGCCCUGGCCUGCAUCUGCUGCUGCCACAAGAAAAAAGUCAGCGGAGAAAUUCCCCACUUGCUGCCAGCCUAUGUUCAAGACCACGUCACCUCCCACUACAACUACAACGACCCUGCCCUGCACUACAAUAGCCACUUCAGUCCGCGUAUCCUUGACAACUUCACAUACAAUCGUCCCCGUGCACAUCCACUCUGCCAAAUGGCUCCUGCAGCCCGUGUCGUGCACUGUAACUGUAAAUAAAGGGAGGGCUAAAAGGUCAAGAUGUACAAAGGCUAUAAAUGGCUAAUAACAUAUAGCACAACAUUACACUUUUGAGAAGACUGUCCUUACAUUUACAGCAUUAAGAGACAUCAAAUGCAUCAUGUCACGCAAAGCAUAAGAAACUCAAUUUUUAUCAAUUUUAUGAACCCCAAAUUAUGAUUUUCUAAGACUCAAUGCUGUUUA